GGCCUCGGUAGGAAGUCGUCAUCGUCUCGGUCUAAACAGUUUCCUUCUUCCGCAAACACAGUGUAGCUUCCCCGUUUAUCGGUUGAUCAAUGCGGCGGUGGACUUCUACCUCUCGUCUCCAUUUAAUAUUUCUAACAGUUACCCACAUUUAUGAGUGAUUGAUUCAGCGCAAUGACGGCCAACAGCCGCUGUUCCGCCGCAGAGCCCCCGGGCCUGGACACCCAACGGCGGGAGAUCGAGUCUCUUCUGCGGGAGUGGGAGCUCCGCGCUGGGGACAGUUGGUACGUGGUGGAGCGUCGCUGGUAUGAACAGUGGAAGGAGUUUGUGGAAACCGGAGACCAGAACUCGUCAUCUUUCCCCGGUCAGAUCGACAACACUGAGCUGUUUGAGGACCUGGACUCGUACCACCUGAAGGAGCGCCUGGUGGAGAACGAGGACUUCAUGUUGGUGCCGGCUGAGGCCUGGCACAAGCUGCUCGCCUGGUACGGCAUGCUGGAGGGGCAGCCGCCGCUGGAGCGCAAGGUGGUGGACCUGCCCAGCACCCUGAAGGUGGAGGUGUACCCCGUUGAGAUAUUCCUCUGUCUCCAUAGCAACAUGGAGAACGUCAUCACCGCCCAGUUCAGCCGCACGGACAGCAUACACUCGAUCCAGAGGGCGAUGUGUGAGGCGUUCUCGGUGCCUCCGGGCUCAGAGUGCCGUCUGUGGAUGAAGAGUUCGGACAGCACCUGCGAGCGCCUCAGGAACGUUCACGUGAGCGUGCUGGACGCCUGUCUGAGCUCCGCCAUGACGGUGAUUAUGGAGACGAGAAAUGCCGACGGCACCUGGCCGAGCUCCAGGCCUCAAAUCAUGAGGAACUCGGUGGAGGAGCAGGACUCGUACCGAGGGCAGCCGGGGGUCUGCGGGCUCACCAACCUGGGCAACACCUGCUUCAUGAACUCUGCACUCCAGUGUCUGAGCAACACCCCCCCUCUGACGGAGUACUUCCUGCAGAGCUCCUACCUGGAGGAGCUGAACUUCACCAACCCUCUGGGCAUGAAGGGAGAGAUCGCCGAGGCCUACGCCGACGUCAUCAAACAGAUGUGGUCCGGCCGCCACUACUCCGUGGUGCCGCGCGUCUUCAAGACGAAGGUGGGCCACUUUGCCUCUCAGUUCCUGGGGUACCAGCAGCACGACAGCCAGGAGCUGCUGUCCUUCCUGGCGGACGGUCUGCACGAGGACCUGAACCGGGUCAAAAACAAAGAGUACAUCGAGCUCCGAGACGCCGAGGGACGACCGGACCAGGAAGUGGCGGAGGAGGCGUGGCGUAACCACCGCCGGCGGAACGACUCGGUGAUCGUCGACACGUUUCACGGCCUCUUCAAGUCCACGCUCGUCUGUCCGGAGUGCCACAAAGUCUCCGUGACCUUUGACCCCUUCUGCUACCUGAGCGUGCCACUUCCUGUCAGCAAGGAGCGCGUCAUGGAGGUCUUCUUCGUCUCUCUGGACCCCUACGCCAAACCUGCACAGCAUCGUGUCGUGGUUCCUAAAACAGGAAAAGUGUCGGACCUCUGCACUGCCCUGUCCGAGAUGACCAGCGUACCUCCUACACAGAUGGUGGUCGCUGAUGUGUUCAACCACCGUUUCUACAAGAUCUACAACACCGAUGAGUCUCUGAGCUGCAUUCUGGACCGGGACGACAUCUUUGUGUACGAGCUGAGCGAGCUGGAGGAGCACCUGGAGGAGCACCAGGAGGAGCACCAGGAGGAGCAGGUGCUGCUGGCGCUCUACCUGAGGGAGCGCUCUCACUACAGAGACUACGGCUCCGGCAGCAGCUCGUACGGCACCUCGCUGUUCGGACACCCGCUGCUGCUCAGCGUGCCGAGAGGCUGCUGCAGCCGAGAGGAGCUCUACACGCUGUUCCUGCAGAGGCUGGCGCGUUAUGUGCGUCCUCCUGAUCCCUCUGAGGAGUUGGAGGAAGAGGAAGAAGAGGAGCUGUACAAGACUCAGACCAACGGGAUCAGUGACGAGGAGGAGCAGGAUGACGGAGAGAAAGCCGGACCCUCUCAGACCCAAACCACAGAACCCAGCUCUGGUGAUGCACCGGCAAACAGCCAAUCAGACGACACCACCACCGAGCCCCGCCCCCUUGUCAACCACACGCAGCCACCCCCGGCCCAGGACGACUCGGAGACUAACGGACCCCCGAACCAGAGUGAGCCCGGCUGCAGCUCUGAGACUAACACCCCCCCCCACACUGAGGGAGAGAAACCCUGCGAGGAAGAGAGCAAGACCUCCGACAGCAGCUCAGAGCCUCCAGCCCAGCAGCCAUGUGAGACCACAGAAGAAGAAAAAGAGGAAGACAAGCAGGAGGAGGCGUGUUCUCCCAGCCCUCCAGCCAAUGAGCAGCCAGGGAAGAAGAAGGCGUGCUGUAAGAGGAGGAAGAGUCUGUUCACCAUCCAGGCGGUCAACUCCAACGGGACGACCGAGAGAGGGAUGGGAGAGGGGGGGAGCGCUGUGUCCUUCAGCU